AUGGAUGCAAUCCACGUGUGUCCACACGUCAUGCACCCCGGAUGCUACUGGACCAAGACUGGAGCCAGAGAAAGCGAUCCCAUCGCGAAUCACUUUUGGCUGAAGGGCCACCCUGUCGUAUCCGUGUUCACCGCAUCAUCUGUUUAA